AGGAAGAUGGAGACUAACGUUCCUGAACAAGAGUCCGAAAACCGCCGGGGUCUAGUGAAGAAAUGCUGGGAUGCCUUGCUUCAAAACAGCUAUCUGGCUGCAAUUCUCUCGGCCGUGGCCCUGGGUAUGACUGCGGGCUUGAUUCUCAAGUUCUACAUCCAAAUCUCGGAACACGACAAGCAGUACAUCGGCUUCCCGGGAGAAAUCCUCAUGCAGAUGCUUCAGCUGGUGACCGUGCCUCUCCUUCUGACCAAUAUGAUAACAGGUGCUUCUGGUUAUGAAGCUCACAGAGUAAUCGCUGGACGUGCAGCAGCAUACUUUCUCUCAACCACUCUCAUGUCUUUGACCAUUGGGAUCAUUCUGGUGAUGAUGUUCGAACCAGGGACUGCUCAUGCUGUUGAAGGAGAAGACCCAGAAGACGUUCAGCCCUUCUUCAAUGUUGACUCCUUGAUGGACAUCAUAAGGAACAUGGCGCCUAAAUGCCUGAUUCAGGCUUGCUUCAGACAGUACGAGACUGAUAGGUUGGAAUAUGAAGUUGAAUCGGAUGAGUUCAAUUCUAGCCUGGAUAUGAAUGUGACAGAAAUGCGACUGUCGGUCAAAUAUGUCGAUGGAACCAACAUUUUGGGCCUGAUUGUGUGGGCUUUAAUAUUCCGCAUAAUCUUCAACAGGAUUGGAAAAGAUGGGAAAGUCCUUGUAGAGGUCUUUCAUGCCCUCAACGAGGCCACAAAAAUAAUUGUCAACAUGAUACUGAGCUUCUUGCCAGUUGGAGUGCUGUUCUUGACCACAAGCCAUGUUGUUGAGUUUGAUGACGUGGAAACUAUCUUCCAAAUUGGAAAGUUCAUGGCACUGGUUAUUAUUGGGCUCAUAAUUCACUCAACAAUAGUUUUGCCUCUGACCUAUUUCCUGUGUACGAGACGUAACCCCUAUGACGUUAUCAAGGAGAUUUUUCCCGCUUUAAAGAAGGCACUGUUCACCUCGUCAAGCGUGAAAACACUACCACUCACUACUCAAUGUUGUGAGAGCCGACUCAUGAUCGACAAAAGUGUCACUCAGUACAUGCUGCCCAUCGGAACGAACAUCAACAUGGAUGGAACUGCCCUUUAUGAAGUGGCCGCAGCCAUCUUCAUUACCCAAAUCAACCACAUCCACCUGAAAAUCGGCCAGUUAAUCGCUAUUACGUUGACAUCAGGAGUGUGCAGCAUAGGAUCCUCAGGGAUCCCGGCUACUGGAGGAAUGACCACUAUGUUUGUUCUGAUGGCCGUUGGUUUACCUGCCAAGGAAGCCACCAUUCUGGUGGUUGUAGAAUGGCUCCUAGACCGCUGCAACAGUGUUGUCAACGUCUUGGGAAACUGUAUUGGCGUGGCAAUCGUUCACCAGGUGUCAAAAGGACAAAUGGGAGAAAUGGAGCAAGAACCGCCAACGCCAAGGGUGCAGGUCAUUGAUGAUGAGGAACUCAGCCUGGACAUGAUCCAGGCUGAGUUCAACCCAGAGGAACACGCCCAGGACGAGGAAGACAUGUUCAAUGCUCUGGAAUAUCAGUAGAGCUAAGAUGACAACUACACUUGAGAAAGUUCAGAAAAAUCCCAUUAAGUUGUUGUUAGUUGUCAUGAUUAUUUAGCACACAUUUAUUUCAUUUUGUCUUAGUGUAGUAGUUAUGUAUAUGGCACAGUUGUUAGUUUAUUGAGUAAAAGGUUUUUAAAACUGUAUCAAGCAAGAGGUUUACUGUAGUUAUUGCACUAAAUAUAUUGAAUUUAAUUAAUGUAACAGAUUAAU